CCGAUCCUUAAUGUCUAUGGUUGCAGCAUCCGCCCACCACUCGUAUACCCUGGUCUGUGCAAGGGACUAAUCUUUGCUGCGACUCGCCUGCUGCAACCUGACAAGCUGCCUAGUCAUUCCCUUCCCCAGCCUGCUUUACGACUCUUCGACAUACAGUUCCGAGCUGGAAAUCUUGCUGCGAUUUUUUCGACAUCUGCUCUUUGCCUGGAACGCACACUUGGCACCGCACUCACGACUUAACGACACCCGACUAAGAUUCGCACAAUUGCUCGCAUUUUACCAACAACAGGUGCCAGAUUGAAGGGGACAAGUUGAGACAUCAACGGAAGCUGACGCUGCAUUCCUUUCAGCACAUCGAGCAUGGUGGUCUCGGAUCUCCUGCACGUAGUGCUACCGGACAAUGCCACUAUCCUGUCAGCUUCUUUACCCAUUUACGCUGGGUCAACUAGAGAUGGCACGCAGCGCGAGUCUACCGUCUCGAACCUGCUCGCGACGUUACUUUCGGAGACAGUGAACGUCGGGCCAUUGACUCGAGUGUUCGGCUCGCAUUAUGAUCCUUUGGCAGCAGCAGAUACUUCCAAUGCCUCAAGCGCGCCGCCUCUGUGGUAUAUAGACGCUCGCGGUAUGAGCUGGGCGCUGCAGACUGUUGAAAGCUCGCAGCCCAAUCGAGAAUGGGAUGACGGAGAGUUGGAAGCGUUGGGAGAUGGCUUGAUUCCUCUCGAUACGCCGAUAUUCUCCUAUUUGCAUGCUCUGCUAAUGCCUCAAGCCGACGGCUCGCUUGCACCUACGCAUGCUCCGCUAUCAAAGGCACUGGCGGGGACCUUGGACUCGAAUGUCGCUGGCUCCGGCUUUUCUGACUUUGCGCUCUCGUCACAUCUGCACGCUCCUAGACUUCGACUGGUGUGCGGGGCACCUGGACUGGCCGUCCGAAUACGAUUCGCGCAUGUCCCAGAGAUCUAUGAUGGGUGGGACGGCAGGGUGUGCUUCUUGCCUGCGCCAGCCGCACUCGAAACUGGCAGCGUGGGAGCGGGUUCAACAGCUGCGGACCUUCUCGAAGCGGUGUGCGACGAGCUAGGCAUUAGAAGAGUCGUGCUGCAAGGCAGCAAGUCCGCGAGGGUGGAAUAUGGUCUUGCCAGCUUGCCUGAAUCGCCAUCCUCUGCCCCUGCCCCUGUGCCGCCUCCAGCUGCGCUGCCCGCGCACACCAUUUUGCCGCCUCUGCUAGCGACGAUGCCGGGGCCCCCCUUGGAAUACCCCGGCCUCCUCUUUACCAUUUCGGCGACUUGGCUCAGCCGCCUCGGAACUGUUGCGCAAGGAUUUCAAAAACAUGCUCGUAGAGCUCCAAGCUCCGAAUCGCCGCCACGGCCUUUCCUGCCUGAGACUCGACCCCAGACUAAGCCCGGCAUGCUGGGACUUUGGGCUGCGAGUCUUGGGCGAAACGCAGCGGCGCCUGCUCAGCAAAGUUCAGAGAUAUCAACCACAGGAUUGGCGGCUGGGCCGAGCACUGGCGAUCCAGGAUUAGAUGCACUCAGCGCGGAUACGAGCAUCAUCGAGGAGGACGAGGAAGAAGCGAGCGGCACCUUGAAAGGUGUGAAUCCGCAUCAUCUUCAGCAAAAUACCGAUGACGGCUCGCAUACACUGACGUCAGCCGAACGAGAGGCUGCGGCCAUGGCUGCCGCGGCCAAUGCUGAUCGUGAAGCUCGCCAAGGAGCUGCGAACGCGCAAGGCUCUUUGUCACAAGCUGCCGCGCAUGCGCUGAUGUCGCCGAAAGCUCGAGGAAAAGGCCAGCCUCAUACUGCGACCGCACGCCUCUCACGAAUGUUUGAUAGCUGGGGAGUAGCGGCGCCAGACUCUCCAACGAGUCCAAUAGCCACUCAAGAACAUGCAACUGGCUUUCCGAGCACACCCACUCCGGCCAUCGCGGGGAGAUCUCGCUCAAUUGGAGGUGGUGGGGGACCGGGUCGCGAAGUGAAGGUGAUGAGUGUCAGUGGACCGCUGGAGCUGGAGAGAUCCCCAAAUUCACCGCGCGUUGGGGCUAGACAUUCGCCACUUGCGCAAGCUCUUCCUGCUGCCGGCUCGCCGCUCGCGCACGGCAACGCUCAGCUGACGGGAGAAGAAUUGGCGAAACGAUUCGAAAGCUUGAUGGCGGACCUUGGAAUGAAGGGGUCCAGCAGAACCGCAAUGCUCGCUUUGCCAGAUGAUCGCAAGCGCUUCUUGAUCGGCCAGAACGAGGCUAGCAGGUCGGCCAACGGAGUGCCUUCGACGCCCUCGCGCUCAGCGAGCGGCUCUCAUGCUAGACCUCUGUCCCCCCAAUCUACUGGUGCAGAAACGGGUGGCUUUGCCGACACUCUGAGCAGAGCAAGUACAGCUCUCACUGGAGGCUGGGCUAAUCGAUUCAGUAUUGCGAGCAUUGCAGGCUGGGGCGGAGAGGAGAACGCCAGUCCGAGAUCGAGUUUAGCGACUGCUCAGACUGGCGGACAAGAGAGCGCGGAUAGUCGACCUUCGACUGUCAUGACGGACGACGGCGCCGGGAUACCAGAGCAAGGCUCGGGCGCAUACCAAGCAGCCGGCAGUGCUGCAGAAGCCGCGCUCAAGUCGCAUCAUACAGGCAGUAGUGGACAUGGCGCAAGUUUGUGGAGCAGCUGGUGGGGUGGAGGCGUCAGCUCGCUCACUUCCGCAGAUCCCUCGGCGCUUGCUGCUGGGGCCAGUGCAGCACCAUCUCAUGCGGCCGAGCGCUACUCGCCCGCUUUCUUUUCCAAUGCGCUCCUCAGCGGCAAGCUGAACCGCAAGGACUUGGUCAAGCAUCUCAUCAGCUUGAGGGUGACAUUGUCCUCGGCGAAACUGAUGUGGAUCGCUGGAUUCUUGGACGCGAGAGGUCUUGAAGCGCUCGAAAAUCUGCUGAGGCUCGAGAGUGGCCCGCUUCUUACUGCCCGUCUCGGCGACAAGCGACAGGACCGCCAAGAGAUGAGCGACGUGAUCAUCGGCGAGUGCAUCAAGUCCCUACGUACAUUGAUGAACACAGAGCUCGGAUUUGAAAGAGUCCUCCAGCAGGGGAUGCUAAUUACGUAUAUUGCGUAUGCUCUGCGAACGCCCUCGUACAAGCUCAGGUCUCAAAUAGCCGACGUCCUUGGUGCUCUUUGCGUAUUAAGCUUGGCGGACGGUCACCGACUUGUGUGCGCUGCUCUGUCUGAGCUGGCUAUUGCUUCAGGCGAGCGCUUCCGCUUCGCGUUCCUGGUUGGAAGCUUGAACGUGUCCAAAACGCGAACGUCCGAUGCGGAUAGCGAGACGAGUAGCUCACACGAAGACACGAACGAGGAGGCAGACGAAGACGAAGCCGCCGUGUGGGAAUACCGUACGUCGGCCAUGGUGCUUGUCAACGCCAUCACCAACAGCCCUGAAGAUUUAGAGGAGCGCAUCGUUCUGCGCGACGAAUUUGCAAGGCGUGGGCUGAACGAAGCGAUGGUUGGUCUUCGCUACGUCGAGCCACCGGAUGCGCUGCUCGUACAGCUCCAUGUGUGGGCCGAGGAGAAACAAGAAGACCAAGCAGAGCUGCACGACCGAACAUUGCGAAACAACGCUGGAAAAGAAGGCACGAAUGCCGAUGGAGCAGGCCUCAGCUUGAGCACUAUUGGCGAGGUUGGAGAGCUCCUUCGAGUCGCGCAGCUUGACAGCCCGGACCUGUAUCCGCUGAUCUGCGACAUGGUCCGCAGCACCACGCAGAUACUCGCCCGAGACAUUGACUAUCAGCUCAAAGCUGAUCUGCUCUUCGUCCUAGAGAAGUUCCUGGAGCAUGGCGUUGAAGUUGUCGAUUUCGAUGAAGGCUGGAGGUCAUUCAUGAAGGCGUACCUGACCAGUGUGCAGCAUAUUGUCGGCAAGCAUGCUAUGAUCAAGGCGAAUCGACUCAGCGACACCAGUACGGUUCCGAGCUCCUUUGUUGAAGAGCUUGAAGGUCUACGUGCGAAAGUUGAAGAGCUCAGCGACGAGCGCAGUCAGCUUAAAGCAGACCUCAACGAGUCGAUCGCGCAAGCCAACACGCUCCGAGGAUUGCCAAGAAUUUCGGACGGCGGAACAGCCUCGACUUCAGGCGAAUCCGCUUCCGGGCCAAAGCGCGGCGAGAGGGAGAAUUUUGCUGGAGUCAUCCAACGUCUUGUGCAAAAGGAGAAACAGGUCUUGCAACUCCAAUCCGAAGUGGAUCGUCUGACUGCAUCCCGUCCCCCCGAUCGCUCCGGGGCGCCUGACAGCGAGGAGCAUGCGAAGCGAGAACGUCUGGAGCGCAACAGGCAGUGGUCGAACCUAAUGGAGGAGAUCGCGCAUCACAAAGAGCGCAUUGCGGACACCGAAGGCCAGCUGGAGUCGCGAGAGCGAGAAAUCAAGUACCUGAAAAGGGCUCUUGAGGCUGUAUAUGGACGCUUCCAGGCAUCUGUACAGCCCGAUGCCGCGACCGGCUCGACCUCGGUCAAGCCGUCUCUGGCCGACACGCCCACACCAUUACCCUCACAAGUCGAUGCUGAUACGAUGGCUCAGCGCUCUAUCGAUGCGCUGGCUGAGAAGGACACCGCCAUCGCCACUUUGCGGGCCGAUGUAGCCAAGCUGCAGGAUCAGCUCGUUCGUCGUACCCAAGAGUCGAUUGAGCGAGACGCGGUCACUCAGCAAUCGCACUCACAGCUGCUUGCCAAAGCUACAAGCGAGGCGGACGAGCUGCGUGCAGAGCUCACGAAGCUACAAGGGCUUCUUUUGCAACUGCAGCUCGCGCCUACCGGCGCACAGGCCCAAAGUACUACUGCGUCCUCGGACAUUGCCCAUCGCGCUGCACCCGCACCGCCAAUGUUUCCCACUCCUACCGCCAUCGAGAAUCCCACUCCCGCCGCUGGUCAUGCGCCCGCUCCAACCCCACCCCCACCCCCGCCCGCUCCAGCUCCUCCCUCGGGAUCCGGCCAAACCUUGCAGGCAGACAUGGGGACUGAUGCGGAUCCAGCGACUCUCGCCCCUCUCGCCCCGCUUCCUCCUCCUCCUCCCCCGCCACCGCCCGCACCAGCCAUCGGCCAAACUCAAAUUGUACCCCUGGCUCCGGCUCCACCACCACCACCUCCCCCUCCUGCAGGAGCACCGCUCGCACCUCCUCCGCCACCGCCGCCUCCUGCUCUUGGAGGACCGCCCGUACCUCCGCCCGCCCCUGAUGCGCCUCCCGCCCCAUCUGCUCCUGGCUUCCGAAUGAUGCCGAAAGCUCCAGCCCUACCGAAAUUUCCCGCGAAGAAGCGUCGCGCUUUGUUCUGGAAUAAAUUGCCCAACAAUGCGCUCGCUAGAACAGUUUGGCACGACCUGCCCGCUACCUCCAAGAUCGAUCUGCAGAUUGACGAGCUAGACAAUCUCUUUGCCCUAGACAAAGCUGCCGCUCCUACUAUCGCGCAGGCGCAAAUCGCUGUAGGGAGAUCAUCUGCAAAGAAGGCGGCUCCGGCGACAGUCAUCGACCCAUCUCGGGCGCACAGCGUUGGGAUCCUGCUUGCCCGUAUCAAGCUCACAUUCCCUCAGAUCAGACAAGCGAUCUUGGAGCUGGACGAGGAGAGACUUUCCUUGGACAAUUUGCGGGCCCUCAAAAAUUGUUUGCCGACCACUGAGGAGGCAGAGAUGAUUCGCGACUACGAAGGCAAUGUCGCUCAACUCAGCCGGGCGGACCAGUACUUCCGCGAAAUCGUUGGCAUUCCAAAGCUUGGCGAACGGCUCACUAGCAUGACCUUUAUGCGGAAGUUCGAGAUGGAUCUUGAGGAGCUCAAGCCUGACCUGAAAGUGCUCAGAGAUGCUUGCGACGAGAUGAACGCCAGCGAAAAGUUCAAGCACGUUUUGCAGACUGUGCUCAUGCUCGGGAAUGUGCUAAACGGUUCGACGUUCCGUGGAGGAGCCAUCGGCUUUCAACUGGUCGACCUGCUCAAGCUGCGUGACACCAAACCGGCAGUCGCAACGCCUGCGACGCCUUCGCUCUUGCACUAUUUGGUACGCUUGCUGAAUCGCUCAGACCGCACUCUGGUGGGCUUUUUGGACGACCUGCCCCAUGUCGAGGCGGCUGCAAGGCUGUCCACGCAGUCCAUCAUGGCUUCCAUCACUGCCCUACUAGGUGGUCACGAGCAGGUGCGCACGGAGGCAGACGUGUUGCAAAGGAUUCCCAUUUCCCCCGCUGGUGAUCGCUUCCUAUCCGCUACGGGCGUCUUUUUGACGACGACGACGUCCCAAGUCCGAGCACUGCGCUCGGCAGGCGACAGUAUUCAAAAUGACUUGGUCCGGCUGGUCGCGUACUAUGGCGACGAUCCGGCCGUCGUCAAGCCCGAGGAAUUCUUUGGGCUUGUAGCGAGCUUUGGACAGGCAUUGAUGCGUGCCGAAGUCGACGUCUUGGAAGCCGAUCGGAAAGCCGAGCUGGAAGUGCAGAAGAAGGCAAAAGCCAAUUUCGGCGCCGGUCUUCGCCGUCUAAAGAUACCAGAGCCUAUCGGACCAGAAGUGCGCGGCCCUCUUGCGGGUGGGAAGAAGGGCGCGGCUGAAGCCGACAGGGUCAGCAGCUCAGACACCAAGUCCUCCGAAGGCGAAGCGACGACUCGGACGGCAGAGGAAGAAGCCGAGGAAGAAGCCGAGGAAGCAGAUCAGCUCUCCCCCGUCGGCUCGGACCUUACACCUACCGCUUCUGGCACAUUGACGGGUGCGCGGUUCCGGUCUUGGGGAGCAGCCGCUGCGGCCAGCCUGGACAAGUCGCGCUCGUCCGGAGUGCCUGCGGACGACCCUUUGCGCAAGAGCUACCGCGGUGGUCGUGGACAGCUCGAUGAGGCGAUCAAGGAGCUGAGAAAUGGCGGCAGAGCUCAUCGCGAUCACGGUGUCGGCGGAAUAGUCGAGGGAAGCUUUGGCAAGUCGGCAGGCGCGGCGCUGGGCAAUGGACGAAAGAGCCUUCGGAGACAAGAUACACUCAGAGUGGGCGGAUCUGGUGGACAUCGACCUCUUUCACGCGUCUUUUUGGAUCAAUGAGCGGAACGUUGCUCAAUUUGAACGCAGGGUGGAUCAACGCGAUUGGAACUGAACAAUGUAAAAUUUGCGUGUAAUAUUAUUACAGGAUGAU